GAGAAACUGAGUUACCUGACCACAUGUGAAAAUACAAAACCUGACCGAGACCACCACCUGGAAAGAUGAGCACAAUUUCUGAGCAGACACAGAGGUGACACACUGGGUUACUUGACCACAUCUGAAAAUACAAAACCUGACCGAGACCACCACCGGGAUGGACGAGCACAAUUUCUGAUGGAACGACAACCCCGACUUCCAAGCUCCGAUUCUGAGACUACUUUGCGCAUGUUCGUCCGGUCCGACCGUGCAUUGCAUCGACUCCAAGAUGGCGAGAGCACGUCUGGCUUGCCUCCUGACUCUCCUCUCAACUCACUGCUACUUCAGCGUGUUGGCCGUGGUUCUGAGGACAGACAACGAGUCACCAUGGACCGACGAGUUCGACAAGAUUGAGUUAUCAUGUUUGAUUGAGUCCAUUUCCACAAUCAACCCCAGAAUUGAAUGGAAGAAGAUCACCAACGGUGGACCGAGCUAUGUGUACUUCGAGAAGAAGAUCUCAGGUGACCUGGAGAACCGAGCGGUGAUCAGAGAACCUGCCACGUUACUCAUCACCAACGCCACCAGAUUGGACACAGCUAAGUAUCGCUGUGAGGUCUCUGCUGCGGACGACCACAAGUCCUUCGAUGAGAUUGUGAUCGACCUUGUUGUGAGAGUGAAGCCAGUGGUGCCGAAGUGCAGUGUCCCGAAGUCGGUGCCCUUUGGGAAGCCGGCGGAGCUGAGCUGUGUGGAGGAGGAGGGCUUCCCCAAGUCCCAGUACCAGUGGUUCAAGAACAGGGAGGAGAUUCCGGACGACCCAAAGACCAGCCUCAAGUUCUUCAACUCCUCGUAUGUUCUCAACGCAGAGACAGGAACUCUGAAGUUCAUCGCAGUCAGAAAAGAAGAUGCAGGGGAGUAUUUCUGCCGAGCGAAGAACGAUGCAGGAUACUCAGAGUGUCAGCCCCAGGAGAUGGAAGUCUACGAUGUUAACCUGGUGGGGAUUCUCAUGGGGGUCCUGGUGGUGGUCAUAGUGCUGCUGUGUAUGACCGUGGGCAUCUGCUGUGCCUACAAGAGAGGAUACUUCUCCAGCCAAAAACAGACAGGAAACAAUUACAAAGUCCCAGCUAAAGGAGACGGAGUCGACUACGUCAGGACGGAAGAUGAGGGGGAUUUCAGACACAAGUCGUCAUUUGUGAUCUGAGGAGGAGGAGGAGGAGGAGGAGGAGGAGGAAGAGUGUGUCUGACCACGGAGCUCUCAGCACGACUGAGAUCCAACCACUCACGUUUGCCAAAGGUGACCAGAUUUCACAGAACAGUAGAACCUGGGUUCGAUUCUCUUACUUUACAGUUGCUGCAUGUUGUAACACGACGGAGUGUUCUACUGUAAACUUCAAACCUUCUGUCAUUUGUACAACCUUUCUUUUCUACUGUUGAAAUUUGUCAGACUAUUUUUGAUGGAAUAUAUUUUAAAAUGCCUAUAGAUAAAGGUUUACUUUUUUAAAUAUUUGUAAAAUACUAACAUGUGUUUUUUUUAAUUCUUAUUCUUAUUAUUUGGUUGUGGAUUUUUUUUUAAAGUGUCAUACGUUAACCACUUUGCAUCAAGCGUUUCCACCUGAGUGAUCAGAACGAGAGAAAGAUGACAAAUUGACUUGUGUGAGCAUAUCAAGGCGGACGUCUUACAUAUUUAAUUUCUUUGCUGGGGAAGCGAGAGACUUGGGUGUUUUAAUAUUUGUAGAUAGUCUUAGUCAGAGGAUUUAAAGAGUGCCAGUGGAAUGCUGUGAAACACACUCACUUGUUAAGUGUCCUUCUGUGCUUAUUCUUGUAUAUAUUGAACUUACUGUCCAGGAUAGAGUUGUGCUGUCAUACAUAUGUUCAGUAUUACAUCAUCAUAAUAAUGAUAAUAAUGACAAUGAUAAUAAUAAUACAGGGUUAGAAGUCAGCCUUCCAGAUCCCAACAGAAGGAGAAAUGGUACGCCUUGAUCUGGUACAAAGAUCAGGACCAGGACAAGUCGCCUGAAGGGGUCACGUGCUCCUCCUCGUCAUCCUGCCUGGUCGUUGUUUCCACUCUUUUAACUAAUGUGUAACGUGUCUGAGCUUCAGUCUGACCGGAGGUUUAGACGUUAAGUUUCAUCCUGAUGAUGUUUCUGUGAAGGCUGACAGAAGUGACCCUACACUGAUACGCUGCUGUGCUCUGGAGGCUUCACAGUUGUACUGGUUGUAUAUAGAUAUCCGUUUCUCUCUAUCAAGAUUAUGUAAAGUGGUGAAAACUGGAAAAAAGAAAUCCUAUUUGAGGCGACAUGAAACUCUUUCCAUUUGUAAGGCUGAGGAAAGGUAACAUUUGAUCACAUCAGCUGCGCUCGUGUUGACGGACGAACGUCUUGUUUGAACGUCACGCGUGGUCGGAUGUUACCGAGCGCCAGUCGUGGUAGAGACGAUCUGCCCAACACUUGCACAUAGGAAGUUUUGUUUUGUUUGAGUGAUCACGUUGCAUAAAGGAACCAAGAGAACAAGGAAUAAACCCAGGAAGGUUACAGAACAUGAGAUAAAUGUCAUUCCUCUUAAGUGCCUUCUGCCUCCCCUCAGUCGGAGCGUCUCAGCUCUCUCUCUCUCUCCCUUUUGUACAUUUCUACAACGCUGUCAGGUUCGACCACAACAAGCAGGGUGUUUGAGAGGAAUGAUGUCACCGCCCGUCUUGACAUAUCUGAACAUUUGUACAUAGUUGUUUUUUUUCCAUAGAUUUGAAGGUGCAGACAUGUUGAAGUAGACAUAUUGAUAUACAGUAUUAGUGCCUAAAUAUAGUGGGAGUUAUUUUUGGUAAAGACACAUGGUAAAAUUAGGCUCAAGAAGAAGUUGACUUGUCAAAGCAGCGAUGGUUUAAUCAUUGUAAUUAUUCAUCCAAAGAGUCGACCACACUCAGACACACUGAGAGGUUGUGUGUUCCAGCUGACCCGUCACUGUCUUCCAGCUGAACGACGGCAGACUCACAGUAGAAUGUUUGUUUUUUAUUUUAUUUUAGAACCACUCGAUUUGUGAUUAAUAAACUCACUUCCUAUGUUA